UUUCUGCCAGUACAGCAGCUCAGGAUGGAGGUAACAGCUCUCUGUGCCGCCGUUGUUUGUCUGAGACUCUUUCCCAGCAGAUCCCAGUUCUUCCAGUAUGAAUCUUUGACUCUGAGCUGUGAGGGAAACUCGUCUGAGUUUAGAGUCAGAAGAAUUACACCAAAACAAACAACUGAACUCUGUCUCCAGUAUUCAACUCACAUUGAUAAAACUGAAUGCUUCUUUUCUGAGCUGUAUGAACACGACUCAGGAGUUUACUGGUGUGAAUCUGCAGCAGGAGAACGCAGCGACGCCGUUAACAUCAGUGUAACAGAUGAACCUUUGAUCCUGGAAGGACCUGAACAUCCAGUUAGUGAAGGAGAAAAUCUGACUCUUCACUGCAGAUUCAAGCCACCGUUAUCCUCCGGUCUAACUCGUUUCUAUGGAAACGGGGUUCUGGUCGGGAGCAGCUCUACGGGACGGUUCACUGUCCGGAGCGUUUCUAAAUCUGAUGAAGGAUUUUACAAAUGUAACGCCUCUGGAGUCGGAGAAUCAGCCGAAACCUGGCUGGCAGUAAGAGGACGCAGACCUCAGACGUUUACUGCUGCUUUCGCACACAUUCUGCUUCCUGCUGCGGUCGGCUGUUUUCUGCUGAUCAUGAUGUUGCUGCUCUGCGUCGGGAGAAACCACAAAGGGUCAGUGGACAGCGUUGUGUCCUACACCGUCAGCGUCACACAGGAAGGAAAAACUCACCGAAUCACAGAGCCUCAGAACGAACCAGUUCUAGGACGGGUUCGGUACGUCAGAGACAGACAGACGGAAGGACGGCUCAGGACUCAGGACCAUCAGUCCAGACUCGAGACUGAAAACCCCAGAGGCUCUUUAUGAAAAGACCUGGAUAAGAAGGCUGGUG